AUGACAAAAACUGGCUUCCCCCAUUCCGACACAAAAUGUGUGAAUUGUAUGAUGACAAGAAACGUGUCUGCAUUAUCCAGAGAAUCUACUGAAAUAAUGAUAGACAAAGCUGCACUUGAAAUAACAGAAAAAAAUGUAAAGGAAAAACAUAGUGAAUUAAAAAAGACUGAAACUGACAAACAAACAGAAAAAAUAACAAAGCAAUUGAAUAUACCAAAGAUUCAAAAACACACAAUCAAAAUAUUUGGAAAACAUUUGUAUCAACCAAAAACUAUACCAGACAAAACCUCGUAUAUAUCAGUAACUCCACUUAACUUCUUUUAUAUAGUAGAUCAAGUAGUAUAUGUCACUGGUGUGUUGGACUAUAAGAAAAAGAUCCCAACUUUGAUACCAAAAGUAUUGAUGGGGGUAACAGGUUCUGUAAGACAAAUAAUAGCAAACCACAAGAAGAUGAUAUUCAUCAAUGAAGGUAAAAUAUACUCGUCGAGUAAUUUGAGCGAUCCCAACUUGAUUAAAAGAGUCAACGAUCUUCAGGGGGUCGUUCAAAUUAGUUGUUCAGAAAAUCAUUAUGCAGCACUGACUUCACUUGGCCAUGUGUAUUUAUGGGGAAAGAAUCUGAAGUUCGAAAUUGGUACAGAACGAGUUGUUCCGAAUGAUCGGCCAAGUCGAAUUGAAGAAAUAUCAACGCAUACAAUCGUGAAAGUUGUAUGUGGUAAUGGAUAUACUGCAUGCUUAAAUGACAAUGGAAAAGUAAUUGUCGUUGGCAGUGAAAUGUGUUGGAAAUCCAACCAACGAUUUGUUGAUAUAGUCCGUUUCAAUGAUCAUCUUGCUGGACUCACAGCAACUGGAAUAGUUAUAUUAGAAGAUGGUACAAUCAUAAACAGUGACAAUAAAAUUACACGGAUUAGUGAAGGACUUGGGAGUUUAGUUAGUGAGAGUUCAAACAAAAUGUAUUUAUUGAAAGAAUUGGAGUGGGUAUAUGUUGACAAUAUGGCCAAACAAGAGUGGAGUGGGUGUGAGACAAGUUUAGUGUGUUUCAACAGCAAUAAAAUGAGUUGGAUGUGUGGGAUGAUUGAAACAUUUGAACUGUAUAUUGAACAGCUCCAAGUAAUGAAAGAAGUGUAUAUAGUGAAACUAAUUCAAAUAGUAAAUGAAAAUAAUUUAGACAAUGAUGAGACGAAAGAACUGAAGAAGAACAAGUUAUUCAAGAAAGAAAAGAAGAAAGAAAGACCAAGUCCUCCCUUUAAAAAUGGGUUUUGUGUUAUUAAAAGUGAGACAUUCGAAGUCUUUGAAAAAUUGUAUAAGACUUCUUUUAAAAUGUAUGAAACGUUGUUAAGAAAUUACAAUUCAAAACAGCCAUUUGAACAUACAGAGUUUUACUUCUAUUUCUUUAAAAAGAUGUCAUCCAAGUUAAUAUCAUUUGCAGACACAUUUCCAAGAUACACAGAGAUGUUCAACAUAAUAACAGUGAUGAAAAGUCCUUUAUAUAAUGAAUUAGAAAGCUUUGGGGCGACACUUUCAGAAGACGUUUCAACACUGUUAUUCAAUAAACAUGUAGACCUCCUUUCAAUGGUAUUGGUCCCUUUCAAAUUUCUAUCUAAAAUGUAUAAAAACUCCACUCAAUUAAAGAAUAUGAACAAAGCCUGUGCCCAAAUUAUUUUCGAGAAAUUUGAGGAGGUAUUGUUCCGGUGUAACGAAAGUCUUAAAUUGGAGAACAUUAAAUCGUUUGAAUACGUUUAUUCCAACCCACGUACUCAAGAACUAUUGGUUCAACUCUCUUCAUUGGAAGACUUAGUUAUUCAAUUAACUCGACCAAAUUUUAGAGAACCAAAAUUUCGAGAUAUCUUCUUAUUGAUGUUCAGACUCUUCACAACACCUGAGUGCUUUUUAGCAUAUCUGUUACCUCAAUCAAACAACAAAGAAUCUUUUGAAACCAAAAUGCAGACUUUGGACGUUUUGAAAGAGUGGAUGGAAUGUUACCCUUUGGACUUUUUGAACAUUAAAAGUGGUGAGCAGAGUUUGUUGUAUUAUCUGAAAACAAUGAAAGAACCAUACUCUGCCAUUCAGAAAGUUAAAGAUGAUGUUUAUCAUAUCUUUGAGAAGACUAAACUCCAAACAAAAAAUGAAGAAUACCCGCCAAUCACUUAUUUGAAUAUUUUGAGGUAUGAAGAGUUUCUCCUCGACCCAACCAAAGUGACAAAUACAAUGACUUAUGUCUAUCGAAAGCUCUUCCUUCGCAUUACCAAAGUCGAGUUCUUAUAUUACUUAGACAAAGAAUUGAAAGAAAGCGCCGUGAAUAUUAAAAAUAUGAUCGACAGCUUCAAUUAUCUUUCACAGAUGUAUUCACAGAUGUUUAAUGAAGCACCAAAAGAUAAGCAACUUCUGAUCCUUGAAAACACAAUCAAGAUGUUAGACAUAUUUCUUCUCAAUGAUAGAAAUUAUCACGCCAUAUGUGGAAUAGUAUUCGCUUUCAUCAGAAUUAAAGAGAUGGACUCAUUUAAGAACAAACUAUCUUUAGACCUUAAAAAUAGACUCGAUUUUUUUGAGAGUUUGUGUAGUUUUAAUAACAACUACAAAAACUUGAGAGACACAAUUGGAGUGGACGAGUCCCCUCUUCUCCCCUUUAUGGGUAUUAUAAGUAGAGACUUGGUAUUUGCCUCUGAAUAUAAUGCAUCAAAAGAAGGCGACCUUUUCAAUUUUAAUAAGCUUAGAAUAAUGUAUAACGUUGUAAUGAAUGUCAUCAACUACCAACCCAACAACGUCAUUUGUUCAAACAACAUCGACGAAAAGUUUCACAAGAAGUUUUGCCAAUUCCAUGGUGUGUGA